GUAGAAGCAGCAGAAUGUAAGAAAUUGUAACGGGGCGCGUAUUGCGGUUGAUAAAGAAAUUCCCGCUUAAGAGUUUGAAAAGACUUUGUUUGGAUGGAAAGGAUGAUUUUGAAAAUUGUGGGCGCGCCAAAACAUUCUCUUAUCCCUCCCUCUUUCUCUCUUUAUUUAAUGCUUUCAUUUCAUCAUCUUUUCUUUAACUUAACCUAACCCAUCCAUGGCUUCUUCAGAUCCCAUCUCUUCCCGCCACUACACCUACAACCGCAAGCAAAAAUCUCUCGGCCUCUUGUGCACUAAUUUCCUCAGCCUCUACAAUCGAGACACCGUUCAUUUGAUUGGCCUUGACGACGCUGCUUCCAGAUUAGGAGUCGAGAGGAGGAGGAUCUACGACAUUGUCAACGUUCUCGAAAGUAUUGGGGUCCUGUCAAGGAGGGCGAAAAAUCAAUACACAUGGAAAGGUUUCGCCGCAAUUCCUCUCACUCUCAAGGAGCUCAAGGAAGAUGGCGUAAAGGAGAAUUCCAAUUCCUUGCGCGGUUCUGGCAACGACACUGAUAAAGUUUCUGAUGACGAAGAUGAUGAAGAAACGCAGUCCAAUUCCGCUACUGGAAGCCAAAGCGACAAGUUAAAUACUAAUUCUACUCUUCCUAGACCUGUGAAGAAUGAAAAUCGGAGGGAAAAGUCUCUGGCGCUGCUUACCCAGAAUUUUGUCAAGCUCUUUGUCUGCUCUAAUAUUAGCAAUCAUGACUCUAAUCUACAGGUGGAAAUGAUCUCCCUCGAUGAGGCUGCGAAAUUGUUGCUUGGGGAUGCACACAAUACAUCAAUAAUGAGAACAAAAGUUAGACGCCUAUAUGACAUCGCAAAUGUGCUAUCUUCCAUGAACCUUAUUGAGAAGACGCAUACGACGGAUACAAGAAAACCAGCAUUCAGGUGGCUAGGUCCUGAAGGAAAGACAUGCAAUGAGUCACUUCACAAAUCAACUCUCAACGAGUCUAGGAAAAGGACAUUUGGAAGUGAUAUAACAAACAUCAGUUUUGAGAGAAAUAAAGUGGAGUUGUUCAUGAAUGAGGAUUUGAAUCGGAAUCCUAAGAAGCCAAGAACUGACAAUGAUAUUGGCCUGAGUCAGGCAGAUGAAAACAGCUUAAAACAAGUCACAAAACAAACAUCGAAGGGCUAUCAGUUUGGUCCUUUCGCUCCAGCUUGUGUGCCCAAAGUUGGAGCCUCUGAAAAUGAUAAUGUGAAGCAGGUGCACGACUGGGACAGUCUUGCAUCUGCUCACAAUCCUCAAUAUCAAAACGAAGCUUUGAGAGAUCUCUUCUCCCAUUACAUGGAAGCAUGGAAAUCGUGGUACUCUGAAAUUGCUGGGAAGAGGCUGGUACAAAUUUUGUGACUUAUGUCCGCCAAAUAGUAGAACCUCUUCUUACCGGAGAUCGGCCGUAGGGGAUGAUCUGCUAGGUAAGAUCGUUGAGCCUCCUUUACUGGGUACGCUUGUUGCUCCAAGAUGAGGGUGAUACCUGCAAAAGAGACUUCGAUGCUAAAUUUAGUGUUUGUGAGUGUAUGAAUCUUGUAUAAGUAAUGUACAUAUUUUGUGUGAAUUUAGGGUUUUUUUUGGGCCUUGAGCCUGAGAUCA